AUGAAUUCGUUGCAGGAUGAGCAGAAGAUUGAUGCUCUGUUUUCGCAGGUUGGAAUUGAAAUGCAGAAGAAGUCGCUAUUGCCACUGAACGACGCCAAUGCAAACAAGAAGAAGAAGGUGCCAUUGUGCGGCAAGGAAGCAUUGGUGAAGCUUCUAAGAUGGCAUUUUGGGUACCCUGAUUUUAGGGGCAUGCAAUUGGAAGCUAUUCAGGCUGUGCUCUCAGGAAGAGAUUGUUUUUGUCUUAUGCCAACUGGAGGAGGCAAGUCAAUGUGUUAUCAGAUCCCUGCAUUGGCAAAACCUGGAAUUGUGCUUGUGGAAACAGUUGUGAUUUCUGACUUUUGUUCUGCUGACAGCCUUGAUGGUAGGCAUCUUUUCAACUCUAUCGAAUUUAUUGUUUUUUCAGACAUGUUGAGUUUUUGA